GCCCCAGAUUAUGUGCUUGAUGAAAAGAAAAAGAUGGAUCGCUUCUACAAUGGUCUCAACUUUAGCUACCAAAAGUUGAUGGGUCAAUAUGAGUCUUUUCAAGCUAUGUAUGAACAUGCUGUGGAGAAAGAAAUGGUCUGCAAGAGAGAGGAAGAUGUGAGGAAAAAGAGAUCUGGAGGAGACCAGGGAGGUCAGAGCAAGAAGCCCAGAGCUGAGGGAAACUUCAAGGGGAAUCAAAACCAAAACCUCAGAAACUAUCAAAACCAAAACCGCUUCAACAGUAGUAGAAACCCACAAAACUCCAACCCGCUAAAAAGUCAACUGUGUGAUAGAUGCAAGAAAUGGCACUCUAAGGGAGUCAACUGUGAAGGUAAGGCUGUGUGUCUGAAUUGUGGAAAACCAGGUCAUUUGGCUCGAGAUUGUUGGGGCAAGAACCGGGGAAACCCCGGGAAUGGUGGAGCACGAUACUCAGGAAAUCAAGGGAACCAGCGUAACAAUAACUCUCAACUUCGCCUUGAAUAUAAAGGAGGCAAUAAAGCCUCAUCUUCUGGAGGCCAAGGAAACCAGCGCCUGGGAGGAGGAAAAUUCUUUGCCAUUACUACAGCAGAGGAACCUAGCACUUUGAGUCCUAAGACAGAAGGUAAAGUCAUUUCCGGAUUACUGUUAUUGCUUGGUAAGUCCGCCCGUGUCUUAUUUGAUUCUGGGGCCGACAAUUCUUAUGUUUCUAAGUCAUUUGUGAGAUCCUUGGACUGUUCUGUUAAUGUAUGCCCUAUAAUGCAUAGAGUUGACUUACCCGAUGGAUCAACGGUAUCAUGUAAUACAAAGUUGAUUGAUUGCCCAUUAGUAAUCCAGGGUAAGGAGUUCCAUGUAGACCUGAUUGUAUUUGACUUAGGAGGGUUUGAUAUCAUUCUAGGAAUGGACUGGCUAGGUAAACACAGGGCAGUGAUUGAGUGCUAUGAGAGGAUUGUAAAGGUUGGGAACAAUCCAGGGGAUCAAGUAGCUUUUAGUGAUGGGACCAUACCUAAUAUCGAGCCAGAGAUGAUUGAGAGACUUACAACCUUUCCAAAGAGAGGUGGGGAAGCCCAAGUCUACCACAUGAGCGAGUCAACAUACAAGGAGGUCGACUUAAGCCAGAUCUUGAUAUUGCGAGAAUUUUCUGAUGUAUUCCCUGAUGAUCUACCUGGGUUACCUCCAAAGAGAGAGAUUGAUUUUCACAUUGACCUAGUUCCAGGGUCAAGCCCGAUUUCAAAGGCACCAUAUAGAAUGGCACCACUUGAGUUGGCUGAACUAAAAACCCAACUCGAGGAGUUACAAGAUAAAGGGUUUAUCAGACCAAGUGUAUCACCAUGGGGAGCUCCAGUGUUGUUUGUGAAGAAGAAAGAUGGGUCUUUGAGGCUAUGCAUUGACUACCGGGAGCUGAACAAAAUCACCAUCAAGAACAAGUACCCACUUCCUAGAAUUGAUGAUUUAUUUGACCAGUUGAAAGGAGCCGGAGUUUUCUCUAAAAUUGACUUGAGAUCUGGUUACCAUCAGUUGAGGAUAGCGGAGGAAGACAUUCCUAAAACUGCUUUUCGCACCAGAUAUGGGCACUAUGAGUUUAGAGUGAUGCCGUUUGGGUUAACCAAUGCCCCUGCAGCAUUCAUGGACUUGAUGAAUCGAACAUUCCAUGACUAUCUUGAUAAAUUUGUUGUGGUUUUCAUUGAUGAUAUCUUAGUGUACUCUAAGACAGAGAAAGAUCAUGAGGAGCACUUAAGAUUGGUAUUAACACGAUUGAGGGAAAGAAGCUUUUAUGGGAAGUUGAGCAAGAGUGAAUUCUGGUUGGAUCGAGUUGUCUUCCUAGGUCAUGUAAUCUCAAAAGAUGGCAUAACAGUGGACCCCGAGAAGAUAAGGACUAUCAUUGAUUGGCCAGCACCGACUAGUGUAACUGAGGUAAGAAGCUUUAUGGGUUUGGCAGGUUAUUACCGAAGAUAUGUUGAUGGGUUUUCUAAGAUCGCACUACCGAUCACCAGUUUGGUUCGAAAGAAUACCAAGUUUGUGUGGUCACAAAAGUGCGAAGACGCUUUCCUAGAAUUGAAGAAAAGGUUGACAACGGCUCCAGUGCUUGUAUUGCCCGAGGAUGGGAAAGAGUUCACGGUAUACAGUGACGCAUCUUUAGAGGGCUUGGGUUGUGUACUCAUGCAAGAGGGGAAAGUGAUUGCCUACGCAUCGAGACAAUUGAGGCCAAAUGAGAAGAACUAUCCAGUGCACGAUUUAGAAUUAGCUGGAGUCAUAUUUGCCUUAAAAAUUUGGAGGCAUUAUCUCUACGGCACUACUUGCAAGAUCUACACCGAUCACAAGAGUUUGACUUAUCUGUUUACACAGAAGGAGCUUAACAUGAGGCAGAGAAGGUGGCUAGAAUUGAUGAAAGAUUAUGACCUCACUUUGGAGUAUCAUCCCGGAAAGGCAAACCGUGUAGCAGAUGCCUUAAGCCGAAAACCGAGAAUGGUCAUUAAUGGACUAAUUUCAGUGCCCUACGAGAUUUAUGUGGAGAUGAAGGAGCUAGAAUUGAUUGUGGUUAAGAAGGGAUCAUACGACAGCGUUCUCAAUUCUAUGAGUACAACACCGAGCCUACAUGAGGAGAUCCGUGAGCUACAACAGUAUGAUGACUUCUUGUCAGAGUUGAAGAUUGGUAUUGAAAAGGGUGCAGUUAAAGACUUCAGAAUUGCUAAAGAUGGGAGUAUUCAUCUAGAGGGAAGGUUAUGCGUGCCUCGAGAUCCUGAAUUGAUAGAGAAAAUACUCAAGGAGGCACAUUCGACUAUGUAUUCUGUCCACCCAGGACGGGAUAAGAUGCUAGCAGAUUUAAAACAAUACUUUUGGUGGAUGAACAUGAAGAAGGAUGUCGAGGAUUUCAUAGCUCGAUGUCUAGUAUGUCAGCAAGUCAAGAUUGACCACCAGCGCUCUCCGGGGGAGUUGCAACCACUUCCCGUGCCUAAGUGGAAGUGGGAAUCAGUGAGUAUGGACUUUGUUGUUGGAUUGCCCCGUUCGAGAAGAGGAAAUGAUUCUAUUUGGGUGAUUGUUGAUCGACUCACUAAGACUGCCAGAUUUAUUCCUGCUAAAGUAACUUGGAAAGCAAAACAAUUAGCUGAUUCUUAUGUGAAAGAAGUACUUAGACUACAUGGUAUACCGAUGACAAUAGUUUCAGAUCGAGAUCCAAAAUUUGUGGCUCGAUUUUGGAAUGAGCUACAAAGGGCAUUCGGCACGACCCUUAAUUACAGCACCGCUUUUCACCCAGCUACAGAUGGGCAGACGGAGAGGACCAUCCAGACUCUAGAGGAUAUGCUUCGGGCAUGUGCCCUUGAUUUUCAGUGUUCGUGGGAGGAUAUUUUACCAUUAAUAGAAUUCUCCUACAACAAUAGCUACCAGAGUAGUAUUGGUAUGGCUCCGUAUGAGGCCUUGUAUGGCCAAAGGUGUAGGACACCACUUUAUUGGGAAGUUCAUGGGAGGACGUGGAGGGUAGAAUUGGAAUCUCCCUACAUGGGCCUUGCUGUCAUGGCCCAAGAACCCUCCUUACAAUCACCGGAAGUGCACGAAAAAUCGAGGCGAAGGCCAUGCAGUCAACAGAAACACACUGACAGAAAGCAUCGGGGUUGUGUUGAGAGGAGGCCUGGUAGUCCAGCUCUUGUCAAGACGCUGCAUAUCAGCCUUGGAAUAUCCUUCAUCUUCGUUUCAAAUCCAAUUUCACGCGUCUACCCAAGCAUUCUGUCAGGUUUUUGUGGUCUAAAACUUGAUCGUUUUGGAGGAUGUCUUGUAGGAGUUUUUGAAAACUACUGCCCAAAACCAAUGAAAUCCGGGUACCUUGGUUUCUUGAUUUACCCAUUUCAUUGUUGUUUUUCAAAGUACAGGAGAGUCUCAUUUAUACUUGUCUUCUUCAUUGGAGUUGUGGGAAAAAAGAUGCGCAAGUGUUUUAGACCAAAGGUCACAGAAACAGUUCAGACUAAUAUGAAAUCAACGGAAGUAGACAUGAACAUACAUAAAUCCAUGGAUACACUAAAGUGUGCACUUGAAGAUCUUCAGCUAACAACAUUAAAUGUGACGGAGAAAAGGCUUGAAAUGUUGAAAGCAGACUGUUACCGUCAAAGGGAUUGGACUCAAUUGAGUCUUUGUCUUAAACAAUUGGUGGAUGUUAGGAGUCAAAAGCAAAUCUUGAAGAGGAGGCUUGAACUUCAUGAAGAAAAGCUGAGAUUUCAACAACAAUUGCAAGAGCAACAUGGGGAUUCUAAAAUGGUAAUUGUUCAUGAGUUUAAUCCUGAUGUUGAUCCGGUUAGGAUUAGAUUUGAAAUCAUUCCAAAGCAUGUUGAUACACAAAGCACACCAUUGUUUUCUUCUUUUGACAACAAUCAAGAGCCAUCUAUUGUGGAGAUUAGUGAAGAAACUGUUGAAGCAUCAUGUGUAGAGGUGAUUAAUGAUCUCAAAGAAGAUGUUGAGGCAUCUUGUGUAGAGGUUGUUGAUGAUCCCGAAGAAAUUUUUGAGAAAACUAAUGUUGAGGAUGUUAGUUCUUGGAUGCAACCCAUAGAAUUGGUGAAUUAUCCUUCAAGUUGGAGGACUAGUUUACAUGUUGUACAAGCUAUGGAGGGAAAGUUUGUUCACAUUGAUCGUGUGGUUAAACAAACACACUUUGUGGAAUUUGUUCAUGUUAGUAGAUUUGUUGAGGUUCAUCCUACAAAAAUUCGAGGAAGGAUUUUUUCUAAGAAGGGGAGAAUGCAACAAGUAGAGUGUAGUUUUGGCAAUACAAGCAAGCUAAUCUUCUUGUCUACUGUUCUUGUUUUGUUGGUUCAAGAAUUAAGCACAACACAGAAAGUGGUGCAGCAGCAGAUUUAUUUGCGUGCAACCGAAUUCAGAAGAUGUCCUAUGCAACAACACAUCAAUGUUGUGCACACAUUCAGCUAG